GUUCGUUUUCCUCAUUCGUGUGGUGCGCACAAUCUGACCUGCGUCAAACAAUCAUUGAGCUGUAUCGCUUUGGUGCUUUCCUACAACCACUUCUCACAGCGCGGCGUUGUCCGAAUUGCAAUGACGCGAAGCUGAAGUUGGGAAAAACAAACAACCAAAGAGGCACACCCACACGCAAAAUAUAUCUACAUACCACGCAUACAUUUUCUGCACAGCCACCUCUCAUCACAUCGCACCUCAUCUAUUUAUCUUCAUUUCUCACACUGCGGCCUUUUUUUUGAUCUGUUCUUCUCAUUGUCCUUGCGAAAAGAACUUUCUUUUAUCCUAGACUCAUCUGACCUUUUUUUCUCUGGUAAGUUAUGUCGGUACGCGAAAAGGCGGUCGUGCUUAUUGACGGCCCUGCCGUGGUGCACCGGUGGUACCACCGAUGGAGCUACACCACGGAGAAGUACGGCUCUGAGAUCGACCCCAAGAAAUUCGCCUUCAAGAACGCACGCUUUAUCAUUGCCACGGCGCAUAGCUUCGACCCCACCCACCUUGCACAACACCUCUUAUCGCCUCAGUUAGAAUACGCACACACACCAAAGCUGAACAAGAUCAUCAUCUGCUUCGACCAAGGUGACGGCGGCCGACGGCAAAUUUUCCGUGAGUACAAGGCAAAUCGGGCAGAGGUGAAGCGCACGCCGGAAUUGUUGAUGAUGGAGAAGGUGGCGAAGAGAGUCUUCGAGGAGGAGCCGCCGCACACGGCGCUGGUAGUUCCCGACUUCGACGCUCGAUUGAAGACGGUGAACGCGGAGGCGGACGACAUGAUCGCCACCCUUGCUCUUUACAAUCAACAAAAUAUGACGCCAACGGUGGUGAUGUCACACGACUUUGACCUCUACCAGCUCGUAGACGACCUGCACAAGUCGUACAACUUCGAUAUUCGUACGAAGCACCUCGUGUCGGAGAAGAACGUGAUAGAGCGUGUCGGGGUGCACCCGAGACUGAUUCGCGACUUUAAGGCGAUGGCCGGCGAUGCAUCGGACAACAUUCCUGGCAUGAAGGGCAUUGGGAAGGUGCGUGCGCGUCAGCUGCUGAAGAAGUACGGCGACCUCGACGGCAUUCUUUCUCGCGGGCUGAAGAACGAGACGGGCCACCUGAGCGAGGUGCUGGCGCAGGGCGCGAAGUCGGCGUUGAUCUCGCGGCAGUUGGUCGAUUUCCGCAUGUGCCCGAAGGUGCUCAAGGCGUGUGAGGCGUUUCUGAAAAGGAAGUAG